AUGACUCAAACGGAAUUUACAAGUGAAGAUCAAUACUUUGAGUAUAAAGGUGACAAGUUACAAAUAGGAGAUCACGAAACACUUGUUCUGUGUAAUUUGUACUGUAAGGGGACAGGGCGUCAUCGACAUAUCGAUUACUGUCGAAAUGAAGAGACUUGUAAACUAAAUACCAAUCAUCCGAACAUUCAACAUAUUAGUGCUCCAGUUUAUCCAAAUCCUCAUCAGGCGAAAGACUUUAUCUCACAUCGUCUCUUCUGGGAACGCACAGGAUUUAAAGCUCGGUUAGCCAGUCAAAGUGGUCAACUUCAAAGACAAGCUGCAAAUAAAGACAUUAUAUCAUUAAUACUUUUUGAUCAUGAACUUAUUGUACCAUUUGAAAAUUACGUUCUCACCGAUGCUGAUGUCUUGUUAAAUCAUAUGAUUAAAUAUGAGGCUUCAGGAGGAAAAGAUUUUAACCUUGCCAUACAAAAAGCAGGAUUCUUAAUCAACCAAUAUUAUGACGCAAACAAAGCAAAUAUCAUCAUUUUUCUCUCUGAUGGAGGUGCUGGUGUACCACGCGAUCAACUUCAACGAAUAUGUGAAUACAACAAAACAAGAGGAAAUCCUUUAUUUUUGUAUACAGUACUAUUUGCUAAUCAAUCGGAAAGUAGUUCUUUGAGAAAAAUGGCAGAAAUUGCGCAAGAAUAUCAACCGCCUAACAGUUCUGUGAGUUCUCUCAGAUGUCAAUAUAAUAACGUCAUGACUGAGAUAAAUUUGGUAACCACUUUCGUGGGCAUCGCUGAAA